CCUAUGACGCGUGCAAUAUGCCAGAAAACGAACCAACACGUCACUUCUGUAUUAUGGAGUCACUGGACGGCAUUUAGUGCAUAGCCUAUGUAAUUUAACGUCGGUUGCGUUGUUCUGUUUCAAGUAACGAGUUUGGGAAUGGAUAUUGAUGGAGACCAGCCUGGGGAUAGGAACUCUGAAGUAACAUCAAAUACAGAGCCAUCCAACUCUAUCGGUAUCGAAGCAAAUCAAAAUUGCUCUGUGUCGACAGCAGCAAAAAUGUCUUCAAACAGCAACCAAACAAAUUUGAAGCAACAAGCUAUAAAACGAAAAAUAGAGCAAUAUUUUCAUAGGCUGACUCAAGGAUGCAAAAGAGAAAAUUGUACUAAUCCAAAUUGUGCAUCAAAUCCUUCGUGGAAAAAGUUAUCAGAAAAUGAUGCCGCACUAAAGGCAAUCAAAUUGGUUCGUGAAAAGGCUGAAAUUUGUUUAUUACAAAGUGAAGAAAUCAAUUCAUCACAGAGUUCUUCUUCUUCCAUAUCUGCUGGGCAUAACAAAUCUGAGAAUGGAAGUACCGGGAAUGUGUCGCUAUCAGAUAAUAUGCCUAGUGCUAUGGACACCAAUAAUAAAACACCUUCAUCCGAUGUGGAAACAAAGCCACUCCUAAGUGAAUCGAAUAUGGAGAUAUUUCGAGUGGAGGAUUUUAAAUAUCUGACAGAAGAAAUGCUUGACGAUAUAAUAAAACAAUGUAAAGAGGAAGAGGAAUUAAAAAAUGCAGAAACUGGCAACACUGACAAACAAGACUCAAAAGAUCCAUAUUUACCUUUAUUUAGAUCAAUUACCGAAGUAUUUUCCAACAUGGAGGGUCUAAAUAGGAGUUUCUUGCUCAAACCAGAUGCAGUUUCAAUUUCUGAUGACAAAGUCUUGCCUGGUGACAAAUCAGAAGCAAAAAAAGAAAGUAAAGAUAAAAUGGAGGUCGAUUCUCAACCUGUCAAUGAAAAAUCAGAACCUAACCAAAGCAUGGAUAUAACAGAAGCUGUGCAGGCUGAAGGACACAUGCCAUUUAUGAACUUUCUACGUUCACUUUCUUCCGAAGAAGGGGACAUUGAACUAAUACAAGCCUCAAACAGCUCGGCACCAGGAGGACUACGCCGCGCCGGUGGUGUUAAGAAAAAACCUCUGGGUGCCAGACCAAAAAGAAACCACGGUCAUAUCGUUGUUAAACAACCUACCGUCGAUUUAGAAAGCAUUCGACGAGUUUACGGUAAAUUCCGUGGCAUUGAAAAAGCCAACAUGGCGUUAGUAAGCAGUCUAGAAUUUUUGUCAUUAGAUAUUGAAGUACAAUUGAAUAUAAUGAGGCAACUCAAAAGCUCAACUGUGAAUUUAAAUGUUUUUGUCAUAAUAAUGGAAAAUCCGUCUCUCCAUUCACCGGAAUAUUUAGAAAUGUCUCUUCCCAGUUUUUGUGGAGCAAUGGCAGCUCUUCCCAUACAAGGACAAGCUGACUUAGCGAGGUGGUGGUCAACGUACGACGCCGAACGCCUAAAAACAAUGGUUCAAUGCUUCCAGCAAUUAAUAACUUUCAAGGUUUUGACGCGAAAACUAUUCAAUUCUGAUUCUGAACACUUAGAUCUUCACAGUAGUGAUGUCGUCACAUCAGCAGUAAAAUGUCUUAAAAUUCUUUACUAUGCAUCGUUACUCGGUGGUGAGAUAGAUAGAGAACAUGAUGAGAGAGGGAGUGUGAACAAUAAAUCAUCCUCUACUCUAGGUGCUUUAUCAUCUGCUAUGGGACUUGAUAAUGAUGAUGACUUGGAUGGAUUUGAUAAAACACAGUGGAAAGAACCAUUGAGUGAUUUGUUGGGAAUAUCUGGCAUUGACUCUGUUAAACCACUUGUUCCUUUUAGUGAAUUUCAAAACGAGAUAUUAAAUGAGACAUUCGAUGUAUACAAUGAUUUCACAAACUACUUGACGGGGAAAACAAAGUCUGAAAAGUUUACUUUCAUGCAUUAUCCGUUUGUCGUAAAUACAGUCAACAAAACAACUUAUCUUUUCUAUGACAAUAAAAUACAAAUGUUAAGUGGUCGAAGAAUGAUGUUAUUGAGUAGUAUACUUCAUGGAUCUGCCGUCAGUCCGUAUCUACGAUUGAAAAUCAGAAGAGAUCAUGUGAUUGAUGAUGCUCUUGUCAGACUUGAGUUGAUUGCAGAAGAAAAUCCUAGAGAUUUAAGAAAGCAGUUGUACGUCGAAUUUGAAGGUGAACAAGGUGUAGAUGAAGGCGGAGUUUCAAAAGAAUUUUUUCAACUCGUCGUCAAUCAAAUUUUUAAUCCUGAUUAUGGUAUGUUCACGUAUAACGAAGACACUCACUUGUUUUGGUUCAGUGCGCACUCAUUUGAAAACAAAGCACAAUUCACGCUAAUAGGUAUUGUGCUGGGUUUAGCAAUUUAUAACAACUGCAUUCUCGAUAUAAAAUUUCCUCCUGUUGUCUAUAAAAAACUACUUGGAAAAAAGGGUCGUUUCGAAGAUAUGAAGGAAUCUCAUCCGUCAUUGUACCAAGGAUUGAAAGGUCUUCUUGAAUAUGAAGGAAAUGUUGAAGAAGAUAUGAUGACAACAUUUAGUAUUGGAUAUCAUGACAUGUUUGGCACUUCAAGAAGUUUUGAAUUAAAACCAGAUGGCAUCAACAUACCUGUCACAAAAGAUAAUAGAAAGGAAUAUGUUGAGUUAUAUACAAACUGGCUUUUAAAUGAAUCAAUAGCAGAGCAAUUCGGUGCUUUUCGACAUGGAUUUGAACUCGUUGUUGCAAAAUCUCCUCUGAAGAAUAUGUUCAGGACUCAAGAAUUGGAAAUCUUGGUUAGCGGUAGUCAGAUUUACGACUUCAAUUCACUCGAGUCAACUUCAGAUUACGAUGGUGGGUUCACUAAAGACUCGCAAUCAGUGAAAGAUUUCUGGUCGGUUGUUCACGAAAUGUCUGAAGAAGACAAAAAGAAAUUGCUCCAGUUCACAACCGGUACAGAUCGUGCACCAGUCGGUGGUCUUUCACAGCUCAAAUUGGUUAUUGCUCGUAAUGGUCCAGAUUCUGAUCGAUUGCCGACAGCUCACACUUGUUUCAAUGUUAUCUUACUCCCUGAUUACAAAAAUAGAGAUAAACUGAAAGAACGACUUCAUAAGGCCAUAACUUAUGCCAAAGGAUUUGGAAUGCUAUAACAUGAAUCAUAAUAUUACUAGUGAGAGAUUGCUGAAUACUCUAGUUAUUAUUAUCUUUUAUUCCGAUUUCUUUAUGCACUUUUAAUGGUAUCCUAUCCAAUUUUUCAUGCAAGAGUGAGUUCCCAGUAAAAAAAUUUGAUUGGCAUUUGCGCAGGUUGAAAUUAAUGCUUCUUAUAUUUUAUUAAAAUUGCUCUUGAUUUGUGAACUAUAACUGGGAUUGACUUAUUUUCCCGGAAUGCAUUUGGGAGCAUAUUAACAAGUUCCAUUAGAAAUCUGUAACCAUAUAUAUCGAAGCUUUGAACGUUUUUGGGUUUGAAUAUAACUUUGGACAUAUUGAUUAAUCUUUCUGUUCAUGAAUAAACUUUCUUGGAGUUGCAA